ACCGCCUGCAGCGCCAGCCGCCAGCCAUCACCCAGAGCGCGGGGAAGAAAGGCGCGCGGAGGAGAGGAGCAGAGCCGGGCUUCCUGGCAUCCUCCUGACGGGCCUCCUUGCCUUAAGAUUCUGGAACCAAAAUUCAAAGGAAAAUGAAGUCCUUGUUGCUGUGUUUCUUCCUUGGGCUUUUGCUAAGUGGGAAGAAAGGAGAUGCACUGCUUUCUCCCAAUGACCUUCAGGAUAUGUCUGCCCAGGGGAGUAAGUACAUAGGCAAUGAAUUUGAAAAUGCUCUCAAUGGCGUGAAACAGAUGAAAAGUCUAAUGGACAAGACAGGAAAGGACCGUAGAAUGCUGCUCACCAAUCUAGAAGAAGCCAAGAAACAGAAGGAGGAGGCCAUCCAGGAGGCCAAGAACCUAGAGAAGCAGAUAGUUGAGAAGCCAGAGGUGUGCAAUGAUACUAUGAUGGCCCUGUGGGAGGAGUGCAAGCCUUGCCUGAAACAAACCUGCAUGAAGUUCUACACAAAAGUCUGCAGGAGUGGCUCAGGCCUCGUGGGCCGCCAGUUAGAGGAGUUUCUGAACCAGUCCUCUCCUUUCUCCAUCUGGAUAAAUGGGGACCGAAUGGAUACCCUGUUGAAAGAUGAUCAGGAACAAAAACAGAAGCUGAUGAACCUGGAAGAGGAUUACAGCUUGUUUCAGCACAACAUGGAUGAGUUAUUUCAGGGCAGCUCCCUGUUCUCUGAGAACACAAACCCUUUCAUCAUGAACCCCUUUAGAGGGGUAUUCGGUGACUCUUCAAGGCCCCCAUUCAGACCUUGGUUUUUCCAAAAGCAGAGGGUGGUCCGAGACAUUUCACCUUUCUUCUCCCAACAUCCACUAGGUUUCCAGCAUCUAUUCCAGCCCUUCUUUGAAAUGUCUCAGAAGAUUAUGGAGAAUGCCCACAGGGCUAUGGAAAGGGAAAAGCAAUGGAAUCUUAAUACCUAUCACUCUUCAGAAAAUGGCACCAAUGAUCGCAUGGUAUGUCGGGAAAUCCGUCGUAACUCAGCAGGAUGCUUGAAGAUGAAGGAUCAAUGUGAAAAGUGCCGGGAGAUUUUGUCAGUAGACUGCUCUGACACAGACCCAAACCAGAGCCAGCUAAGAGAAAAGUAUGAAGAUGCUCUUCGGAUAGUGGAAAAAUUUGGCAGAGAGUAUGAAGACCUCCUCCAGUUGUACCAACUGAGGAUGCUGAACACCUCCUCCCUCCUGGACCAACUGAACCGGCAAUUUGGCUGGGUGUCUCAGCUGGCCAACCUCACCCAGACCAAGAAUGGUGACUAUCUCCAGGUCUCCACUGUGUACUCCAGAUCUUCAAAUCCCGAUGACCCAUCCAAGCCUUCUGAUACAGAAGUAGUCGUGCAAAUCUUUGACUCCGAUCCCAUUACUCUGACUGUGCCUGCAGAGAUCUCCUGGGAUGACCCCAAAUUCAUGGAGAUCGUAGCAGAAGAAGCUCUGAAGCAAUAUAAAAAGAAGAAUCUAGAAAAUCAAAUCGUGUGAAUGGAGCUUUCCCCAUCAUUUGGAUGACAGAAUCCAGAUCCCGCAGCUUCUCUAAGAGGUUCCUGCAUGUUAGCCAGUCACCAAGGUCAGGUGGGGGCAUAAAGGAGAUCUUGGUGCAAUGCAAGCCCCAUUCACACCCCACAACUGCCUGCACUUCCAGAUUUUACACUGUUAACACCUGUACUUUGCUGCUGUAGGGAGAUACCUACCUCCUUGAACAACUAACUCAAUAAACUCAACCUGACACUGA